AUGGCAUUUCAGGAUUUUGAUCACAUAUCUGAACGCAGAAAAGCUGAGAAGCAACGUAAGCUGAAGAAGAAGAUUAUCAUUGGGGCAAUAUUUUUUCUUGUCAUUGCUCUUCUAGUUGCUGCCGCAGCAUUUGUGGUGGUUACUCAUAAAUCUUGGUUUGGUAUUGGUGGCUCCAAACCAUCUGAUCAACCUCAACAAUCACAAAAGCAGGUUUCGCGUACUGUUAAGAUCAUAAAGAUGAUGUGUAACUCCACAGAUUACAGGGACAGGUGUGAAAAUACCCUUAACAAGGCAGUGAAGGCCAAUCCUGAUUUGUCUCAACCAAAAGACCUUCUCAAGAGUGCUGUCUCCGCCGUGGGGGAUGAGGUUAUCAAGGCCAUGAAAACAUCCACAGCAUUCAAAUUUAACGACCCAAAAGAGAAAGCAGCAUUUGAAGAUUGUAAGACAUUGAUGCAGGAUGCCAAGGAAGAAUUAGAUGAUUCAGUUUCCAAAAUCAGCAAAAAUGACUUGGGAAAGUUGAUCUCUAGCACCCCUGAUUUGAACAAUUGGCUAAGUGCGGUUAUGUCUUACCAACAAACAUGCAUUGAUGGUUUUCCUGAAGGAAAAUUGAAGAGUGACAUGGAAAAGACUCUUAAGGCUGUCAAGGAACUCACCAGCAAUUCCCUUGCCAUUAUCUCAGAGGUGGCUUCGUUCCUGUCCACGUUUAAAACACUAGGAUUUAGCCGGCACCUUCAGGCGGAAAAUGAAUCUAAUUUCUUGGAAAAAGACGAACUUCCUACCUGGAUGCCCUAUGAGGACCGGAGGAUGUUGAAGGCAAAUAUUGAUAAACCAACACCCAAUGUGAUUGUGGCCAAAGAUGGUAGCGGAGACCAUAAAACAAUUUCUGAGGCACUGGCAGCCAUGCCAGAAAAACACAAAGGACGAUAUGUCAUCUACGUUAAGCAAGGAGAAUAUGAGGAGACAGUGACUGUGACAAAGAAAAUGGUGAAUGUCACUAUGUAUGGUGAUGGAUCACAAAAGAGCAUCAUCACCGGCAGCAAAAAUUUUGUAGAUGGAGUUAGGACUUUCCAAACUGCAACUUUUGCGGCUCUAGGAGAAGGCUUUAUAGCCAAAGCCUUGGGAUUCAGAAAUACUGCUGGUCCAGAAAAGCAUCAAGCAGUGGCUGCUAGAGUCCAAGCAGAUCGUGCAAUUUUCCUUAACUGCCGCUUUGAAGGGUACCAAGACACCUUGUAUGCACAAACCCAUCGGCAAUUCUACCGAAGCUGUGUUAUUGCUGGCACCGUCGACUUCAUCUUCGGUGAUGCAGCUGCUGUGCUCCAAAACUGCAUGAUUGUAGUGAGGAAACCGUUAGAUAACCAACAAAACAUCGUGACAGCACAAGGAAGGGUUGACAAGCGUGAAACCACAGGAAUAGUACUGCAGAACUGUCGCAUUGUGCCAGACAAGAAACUUAUACCUGCAAAGUCACAAAUCAGAAGUUACCUCGGAAGGCCAUGGAAGGAAUACUCAAGAACCAUUAUCAUGGAAUCAUCAAUUGAGGACAUUAUUCACCCUGAUGGAUGGUUACCAUGGGAAGGAGAGUUUGCACUCAAGACUCUGUCUUAUGCAGAGUAUAACAACAAAGGACCUGGUGCUAAGGUUAAUGCAAGGGUCAAAUGGCCUGGCCACAAGAUCAUUAGGAGGGAAGAGGCCACCAAGUAUACCGCAGGGCCUUUCUUACAAGGGAAUUGGAUCACUGCCGCAGGCGUUCCUGUUCAUUUUGGCUUAUUUAGUUAAGGCUAGCUUCCACCAAAACCAUCCUUGGGUGGUUGAUUUAUAUUUUUUUAACUUUGUAUGUGAAACCAA